UCUCCUCAAUAUUAUAUUCAGUUGUGACUGAAAUAUAAGACAGUGAUGUAUUAUUUGUGGUAACAUUAAUAACAGUGUAAGCGUAUCAUAUCACUAAGUACAGAAAAUGGAGGCUGAAGAUGUCAUAGAAAAAACCAUAGGACGUUCCGGAAGAUAUCAACUGUGGAUAUUCUUUCUUAUAUCUAUAGGUCGGUUUCCUACUGAAUAUCAGUUGACAAACGUCGUGUUCAUUUUGCCAAACCCUGAAUACGUGUGUAAGGAUGAAGGGGCUGAUAAUGCCUCAAACUUUUGUCCCUGUAACAAUCCUGAGUACGAUACAAGCACCGUUAUGAGUUCUGUAUCGAGUGAGUGGGAUUUAAUUUGUGAUAAUCGCCAUUUAGCCAGCUUAGGCCAGUCUAUGUUGCAAAUUGGAAUAUUGGCUGGAAGCAUAUUUUAUGGACAUGUAUCAGACAGAUACGGCCGCAAGAUUGCUUGUUUACUUGCGUUAACAGCUGAAGUGUUUUUUGUGGCAAUUUCUGCUGCAGCGACGGAAUUUUGGAUGUUUGCUGUCUGUCGCUUCUUCAUAGGAGUUGCAGUAGGAGGCACUAUGCUCUGUUGUUACAUCAUUGUCAUCGAACUCUUCGGAAAAUCAUUCAGACCUUACUUACCGGGUCUCAUAGACAUGUCGUAUAUAUUCAGUUACUUGUCACUUCCGCUGAUCGCGUAUUUCUUAAGAGAUUGGAAACAUUUACAAUUAGUGACCUCAUUGCCUUGGGUUUUCGUAUUACUUUAUUAUUAUCUGAUACCAGAAUCACCCAGAUGGUUAAUUACAAUGGGAAAGAAACAAGAGGCUAUCGAACUUUUAACAUUCAUCGCAAAGAAGAAUAACAUGCCGACCAAAGAUAUAGAAGCUAUAGUGGAAAAGGGAUACGUGGCUUUACAUGAAGAAAGGAAAGAACACACUUCCUACCUAGACUUAUUUAAGACGCCAAAGGUUAGGAGAUACACCCUGAUCAUAGCAUUUAUUUGGCUCUGUUGUGCACAUACGUUCUUUGGUAUCAAUCAAUACAUAGGUCGAUUACAAGGCAACAUUUACAUAAAUGUUGCUCUGUCAGCGACGAGUCUCAUACCUGGUUUAGUGCUGGUUGUAUUAGCUUCGCUUUAUUUAAAACGAAAAACGAGUGUAAUCACUAGCUUUAGUGUAGCAGCUAUUUCAUUAUUGCUGUUUAUAGUUAUUCCACGGUCGUUGGAAACCGUGACAAGAGUGUUGGCUAUUAUCGGUAUGAUUGGAGCCUAUACAUCUUUUGUACAGAUAUAUUUAUAUUCUUCUGAAAUAUUCCCUACCGUCAUAAGGAAUUCAGCGAUGGGUUUCGCGUCAGUAUUUGCUAGAUUCGGAGGUUUUAUUGCACCAUUCGUUGUCAAUAUCGGUGUAGAAUGGGUAUCAAUACUUAUAUUUAGUAUUCUGGCCAUGUGUGCUGCCUCGCUUUGCAUAUUUUUACCAGAAACAAAAGAAACCGUACUUUUGAAUACUAUUGAACAGACGGAAAAUAAAAAUGAGUUGGACAACAAAGAAAACAAUGAGAACUCUAAGGCACAAAAUACAAGUUAA